GAAUAAGACUGCAGCAUGGAUCAAAUUCUAACAGCACCUGUGCUAAUUGGGAUAUCUGUAGUGGUGAUCACAGUCCUCUUCCUCGUCCUAAACUCAGGAGGUUCCAAUGGAGAUCGAAAGCAAAGCAAGUUUCCAAAAACCUUGCAGGAUCCCAAUCUGAAAUACCAACUGCCACUCAUAGAGAAAGAGGAGAUCACUCAUGACACUAAAAAAUUCCGGUUUGGUCUUCCAUCCUCGUCUCACGUUCUUGGUCUCCCUAUUGGUCAGCAUGUUUACCUGUCUGCAAAGGUGAAUGGGAAUCUGGUUAUUCGUGCGUACACACCUGUGUCCAGCGAUGAAGACCAGGGAUACGUUGAUCUAGUUGUAAAGGUCUACUAUAAAAAUACUCAUACAAACUAUCCUGAUGGAGGCAAGAUGUCUCAGUAUUUGAAUGAUAUGAAGAUUGGAGACACCAUUGACUUUAGGGGUCCAAAUGGAUUACUGGUAUACAAUGGAAAAGGGCAGUUUGGUAUUCGACCUGAUAAAAAAUCUGAACCUAAAGUGCGGAAGUUUCGACACGUGGGCAUGAUUGCUGGUGGAACAGGCGUCACUCCAAUGAUGCAGCUGAUCAGGAGUAUAACCGCAGAUCCUGCUGACAACACCAAGUGCUCCAUUAUAUUUGCUAACCAGACUGAGGACGACAUAUUGUUACGUAAAGAGCUGGAUGAAGUUCAUAGAAAUCACCCUGAUAAACUCAAUCUGUGGUACACACUGGACAAGCCCUCUGAAGGGUGGAAGUACAGCAAAGGGUUUGUUGAUGCUGCCAUGAUAAAAGACCAUCUCCCGCCUCCGGCCAAUGAUGUGCUCAUCGUGAUGUGCGGUCCACCCCCCAUGAUCCAGUAUGCCUGCCUGCCAAACCUCGACAAGCUGGGCUACAGAACUGACAACACUUUUGCAUACUGAUAAUGUGUAU